AUGGAUUCUAAUUCCCAAUUCUUUGGAGAAGGUGAAGAAUGUAACAGCAGUGAAUCUGGAUGGACAAUGUACAUUGGUUCUCCUUCAACUGGUGAUGACAAUAUUGGGGAAUUUGAUGAAUUAGAAGACAGUAAUUAUAACAAAGAAGGUCCCGUUAAUGAAGACGAUGAGGAUUGUGAGACUGAUGAUUCAAUGGCUUCUGAUGCAUCUUCAGGACCAAUUAGUAAUUUUUCGAGAAAUGGGAAGAGUGGUGGUGUAGCUACUAUGGUUAAUUUCAAGAAUUCAAAGGAAAAGGGGAAGGAAAAGAAUUGCAGUUUUAUUAGCAACAAAGCCAAAAGUUCAAUGAAGAAUGGUUACAAGAAUGAUGAUCAAGAUAAGGUGAAAGAGUCUAUCAUUGCUGCAAAAGGAACUAAAGGUGCAUCCAAUGGCGGUGGUAAUAAGGUUAGGAAAAGUAUUUGGAUGGGCAAAGGGAAGUAG